AUGUCUGAUAAGAAGAGUGAUGAUCUGAUGACUGACCAGAUGAGUAGUUCCGAGCCACAACAACACCGGGAAAAGUGUGAAUGCUGUAAAGAAUAUGGGAAUGCCUUAGCUUUUGGAUUAUUUCGUAAAAAGCAAAUUGGACAUGAUAUGAAAGAACUACUUAAAACCGGUUUGAAUAGAUGCUUAACAACACUGGACCUGACUGCAUACGGAUUGGGAUCAAUGCUUGGUGGGAGUAUAUAUGUGCUUACCGGUGCUGUAAUGAACAGACGAACUGGGCCGGCUGUCUUUGUUGCCUACAUACUGGCUGGCUUUGUGGCUUUACUUAAUUCUAUGAAUUAUUCAGAAUUAGCAUGUCGUAUACCGAAAGCUGGAUCAUCCUACACAUAUACAUAUAUCAUAAUGGGUGAAUUUCCCGCAUUCAUAACAGGAUGGUCAAUAUUACUGGAGUACAUACUGGGUAUAUCGCUUGUGGCACGCUGUUGGAGCAGCAUGCUUGACAGUCUUGCUGAUAAUCACAUAAGUAGGUGGACAAUAGAAAGUGUUGGUAGAUUAUCUCCUCCGGGGGAAUAUUGGCUGAAUAUUAUGACUUUGUUGGUGUAUUAA